GCUGGGUGCUGGCGAUGUGGAGAGGGAUACGGCAGAAAAUGUGGAUGAUGACUUUACACUGGAAGAAGUCAUGCGGUUAGGAGGUACUAAGCUAGAUUUUGUAAUGCUUGCAGGCUUGGAAGAAGUGGAAGAAAUUGUAGAUGGUGGCAAGAAGGGUGGAAUUGAUGAUCUAGAAGAAGGUGAAUUGAAGGCAUUUAUAGAAAAACUGGGCAUUCAGAAAAUUGCUAAGGAAAUGACUAAGCAAGAAGAGGUGGCAGAAGAGCGAACGGAAGAGGAAACAAGCCACAGUUUAGAAGAGAAAAAAAUGAAGAAACGCAAGAAAAAAGAUACAACUCAAACUACCAAAGAGGCAGAAAAGACCAAACCAAUAUCGGAGAAAAAAGAAAGUUUAAUUUUUACAUCAAAAAACAAAGGAAAGCAAAUCUUUGAAUUUUCAGAACGUCCCAUGUUGCUUCUGAAACGUGGUGGAAAAUGGUAUGAUCAUGAAUAUACUAAAGAAUUUACUGCCAAACCUCAGAAUGAAGAUGAUGUUAAGAAAUAUAAAAUUUUAGCGAAGAAGUUAUAUGAACAUGAAGUUAAUCUGUAUAAAAAUAAAAAAGAACUCCAGAAAGGUGCUAACACUACAUGGAUGAAAACUGUUGUGUCAACAGGCACAUUAGCCGACAGAAUGGCUGCCAUGACUGUUCUUAUACAGGAUGCUCCUGUUCACACACUACAUUUUGUUGAGAAUUUAACAAAUUUAGUCAAAAAAAAGGGCAGCAAACGUCAGAACCUUAUGGCACUGGAUACAUUUAAGGAUUUAAUCCUGUCUGAUCUUUUGCCUGACAAUCGGAAGCUUCAUACAUUUGCUCAGCAUGAUUUUGACAUGCUUGAAGAAAUUUCCAGUGGCAAUAGGGAUGCAAGGGAUCGACGGCUGAUACUGUGGUUUUUUGAAGAACACCUGAAGCAACAUGUAGCAGAGUUUGUCGAAGUGCUAAACACUUUGACUCAUGAUAACUUGAUUGCAACUAAAGCCAAAGUGCUCAAUGUUGUCAGUGAAUUGCUCUGUAAUAAGCCUGAAGAAGAGAAGACUCUACUAACACUCUUGGUUAAUAAACUGGGAGACCCUCAGUACAGAAUUGCCACAAAGGCCUCCUAUUUACUUGAGGUGCUGCUGAAUAAGCAUCCAAAUAUGAAAGUGGUUGUUUGUCUUGAAGUGGAAAGACUUCUAUAUCGCCCUAAUAUAAGUGAGAAAGCUCAGUAUUAUGGCAUUUGCUUUUUGAAUCAAAUCAUGUUCUCCCAUGAAGAAUCAGACUUGGCAAACCAACUGAUCACAGUGUAUUUUUCUUUUUUCCGGGCAUGUAUAAAGAAAAAAGAGAUUGAUUCCAAAAUCUUGAGGGCUUUGUUGACUGGGGUGAAUAGAGCAUAUCCUUUUGCUGAAAUUGGCAAUGAGAAAGUGAAAGAGCAGCUCGACACCCUAUUCAAAAUACUCCAUGCUGUGAAUUUUAAUACAAGUGUGCAAAUCUUAAUGCUUCUGUUUCAAGUCAUGGAUUCUCAGCAAACUGUGUCACAUAGAUAUUAUGCAGCUUUGUAUAGGAAACUUCUGGAUCCUGGAUUGGCACAAGGAUCCAAACAAACAAUGUUUCUCAAUCUUCUCUACAAAUCUUUGAAAGCGGAUGUGGCACUGAAGAGAGUAAAGGCGUUUGUGAAGAGGUUAUUGCAAAUCACCUGCUGCCAAAAGCCACCUUUCAUCUGCGGAGCAUUGUACCUAAUCUCUGAAGUUAUUAAAUUGAAACCUGGAUUGAGAGUUUUGUUGGAAGAAAAUGGGGAAAUUGAUGAAGAGGAGCAUUUUCACGACAUUCCAGAUGAUGAUAAUGAUGAAGAGAAUACAAUUGUUGAUAAAGAAUCAUCCGCAAAUGUUACAUCUGCUUCUUGGAUACAUCAAAAUGGUAUAAGCAAUGUGAAUCAUUAUGAUCCCUUCAAUAGAAAUCCUAUAUUUUGUGGCGCUGAUAACACAAGCCUUUGGGAGUUAAAAAAGCUUUCCGAUCACUUUCAUCCAUCUGUUUCACUCUUUGCAAAAACCAUCCUGGAGGGUAAUUCUAUUCAUUAUACAGGCGACCCGCUACAAGAUUUUACCUUAAUGAGAUUUCUGGACCGUUUUGUGUACCGCAAUCCUAAACAACAGAGACUUCAAGGCAACAACAGAGGCUUUUUAAGGCAUCAGAAGAAGAAGUUGUAUAUGAAUGAAGAGCGUGAACCAGUUAACAGUGCAACAUUCCUUGAAAAAGAGGAAAAUGAAAUACCAGCCGAUGAAGUUUUCUUCUACAGAUACUUUAAAAAGUUGUCCAUAGACAAACAGAGGAAUAAACGGAAUGAAGAUGAGGAGAGUUUAGAAGAUGUAGAUGAUGAUGAGUUUGAAAAAAUUCUUGAUUCCUUUGAAGGAGAUAGUUUUUACACUGGAAUGAAUAGUGAUAUUGAUUUUGCAGGGAGCCUAAAACCAGGGGGAAAAGUGGCUAAGAAAGAAUUGGGGGAAGAGGACUCUGUUUCUGACUGGGACAUUGAUGAUGAGGACGAUGACAUUUCUCUGGCUAGUAUGUGUGAGGAAGAGUUUGAAAAUGAUGGAACUGGAGGAGUUUUUAUGAACACAUCUGAAACAGCUGAGGAGGAACUAGAAUUAAAAAAGGGAAAGAAGAGGCGUUUAAAAGAAGACGACAUGUUUUCUGCUGCCGAAGAGUUUGGUGAUAUCCUGGAUGACAACACUAGUUCAAAGUUUGACAACAUUGGCAUCAAUGCCAUGUCUAAUAAGGAAAAUGCAAGCAUCAAGCAACUGAAAUGGGAAGCCGAAAGAGACAAUUGGGUUCACAGCAGAGAUGCUAGAAGUAUCAUCAAGAAGAAAAGAAAAUUCAACCGAACGAAGCUACAAAAGAAAGGGAGAAAAUAA